AUAUUAUGCAGAACUUCAUCGAGACAUUGCAAGAAAAAAAUAUAUUUGCACGCAAAGUGAAUUCUGCAAACAUUCCAUCCCACAGUCGUUACAUCGCUUCGCGGAAAUUGCCACUUUUAUCCUACCUCAAUAAAGUUAUUCCGGAGCCGAAAAUUCGUUCAAAAAAAUGGAUAUGCACAUCUGUACUCGAGCACAAUUGGGAUAACGAAGAAGUCAAAUAUUGUUCUGCCGAAUAUCAAUCGAAUAAUUUCGUAAAUCCGGUAUACUUUGAAGAAGGCUGCCGCCACAUACCUGAUAAUGCGAUAACUAUUGAAAUAGCACCUCAUGGUCUCCUAAACGCCAUUUUAAAGCGUUCUUUACCAGAAACUGUACACAAUAUUCCAUUAACUCGGAAAAAUAGUGAAAACAGCGUAGAAUAUCUACUAAGUGCCUUCGGACAAUUGUACGAAGCUGGUAGCGAGAUGGAGCUGAGUCACCUUUAUCCGGAAAUCGAGUUUCCAGUAAGCAGAUCAACUCCGAUGAUUUCUCCAUUAAUUAAGUGGAAAUACGAAAAACAGCAAAACGCUUAUAACAUGAGUACCGCAAAUACGAAUCAAUCAUAUGAGAGGCAUUAUACCGUUGAUCCCAAUAGUGAAGAAUAUAAUUAUCUUCGAGGUCACGUCAUUGGAGAUAGGAAUUUGUUUCCUGGCAGUGGUUAUUUGUGGAUGGUCGCUGAAGCCAUUUCUAUGAUAAAGAAAAAGCCACUGACGCGUUUUCCCAUAAUUUUUGAAAAUAUUCAUUUUGAACAAGCGGUAACCAUCCCAAGUAAAGGUAGUUUGUAUUUUCACAUCGUUAUUCAAGAUCACAACAAUCAAUUUGAAGUGAAAUACGACGAAGCUGUAGUAGCACAAGGAAAAGUUCGAAUUUUGGAAAAUACUUAUAAAGAUGUGACCAACAUAGAACCAUUUAAAAAUGAAAUAUCCAAUUCAGAUAUUUUACCAUUGAAUAUCGACGAUUUUUACAAAGAACUGCGAUUAAGAGGUUACCAAUACGAUGGAUUAUUUAAAAACGUUCAAUAUGUCAACGGUACAUAUGGAGAAUUAUCCUGGAGCAAGAAUUUCGUAACUUUUAUCGAUACGAUGUUGCAAAUCACCGUAAUGCACGUGGACACUAGAGUAACUCUUGUUCCUACAUUCAUACGCAAAGUUGUGGUAGACUUUCAGAAACAUUUUGAAAUCCUAGAAUCCUUGGAUAAAGAAAAUCCUAAAUUUCCUGUUCUUUACCACUCCUAUCACAAUUCAUUGAGUGCCGGAGGGAUUCAGAUGAGCGGAUGGAGAUGUGCUGAGAUUAGUCGUCAGAGAAAACGAGCAGAUCAAAUACUCCAAAGAUAUUACUUUGUUCCAAAUAUCAGCAAUGAAAAAAUGGAUUUGAAUACAGCAGUUGACAUUUGCACUGAAAUCGGUACACAGAAUACUCUAAUUAUCAACGCCAUCACCUACGAAUUAAUUGAUCAAGAUUACAGUCGAACUGGGCCUUCCAUAUCAGUAGCAGUUUUACAAGCUUUGCAUGAUAGACCAGCAUACAGGGCAGACGUUAACAUUUUAACCAAUUCAAUAAAACCAGAGGAAACAGAGGCAUCCAGCGAAAUAACAGUAUCAAAUGGAAAAUUACCAAACAACAAAACUGUUUUAAUGGUGAUUUUGUCACACAUACAAAACAAAAUCGAGAGCAUCGAAUCAAUUUUGGAAGCACUGAGAGAUGAUGGCUUUAUCCUCACAAGAGAACCAGUCGCUGAAAAUGUUCCAUUUGAAAAAUUGGGCUUUAAUGUCUGCUUUAGUCGAAUUAUUAACGAUACUGAGAAAAUUAUGCUCCUUAAUAAAUUGACAAAAACCAAACCAAUCAAACAAACAAUCCAAAUAAAAUAUGGUUCGUAUUCUUGGGUACCUGAAGUCCAAACUGCUAUUUCAAAUCUCGAUUCCGAGAAAGAUGAAAAAUUGAUAUUGUACGCGGAAAAACAACCAAAUAACGGCAUACUGGGCUUUUUCAACUGUUUGAGGAAGGAAGACAAAGGAAAACAUAUCAGGUGUUUUUUCAUCAUGGAUGACAAUGCGCCUUCUUUCUCCCUGGAUGAUCCAUUUUAUAAAUCUCAAUAUGAUAAAGAUCUCUCUUAUAAUGUAUAUAAGGAUGGAAAAUGGGGCGGUUACUGGCAUUCAUCGCUCAACGCAUUGGCUGAUGUAGAAUCCAGUCAUGCAUUCUGUACGUUGGAAGAACGUGGCAAUCUUUCCUCUUUCAAAUGGAUUGAAGGCUCGUUGGAUCCUUUAACAUAUGAAGGAAUUUGCGAUGAAAAAUUUCUCGUUUAUGUUUAUUACUGUGGAAUCAAUUUCAAAGACGUUAUGCUAUCAACUGGAAGAAUUUCUCCAAUAGACUUAUUGUCUUAUAGUCGUCUUUCAGAGGGUUACAUAGGAGGCGAAUUUUCUGGUAAAGAUAAAGAUGGAAGAAGAUUGAUGGGAAUUUUGCAUGUGCAAGGCAAGGGAAUUUCUACAAUGGUCGAAGCGUCGCCACUCAUUACAUGGAAUGUACCAGACAGUAUGACAUUAGAAGAAGCAGCUAGUGUUCCUAUUGUAUAUUCUACAGUCAUAUUUGCCUUCUUUGUCAAAAUGACACUGAAAGAAGGACUUUCAGUCCUCAUACAUUCUGGUAGCGGUGGAGUUGGCCAAGCAGCCAUAAAUAUUUGCCUGCAUUACAAAUGUAAUAUUUUCACAACUGUUGGAACUGCAGAAAAAAGGGAAUUCAUUAGAAAAGCAUUUCCUCAAAUUCCAGAAACUCAUAUCGGCAAUACCAGGGACCUGUCAUUUGAAAGCAUGAUAAUGAAACAAACAAAAGGUAGAGGAGUCGAUGUAGUCUUGAAUAGCUUAGCUGAAGAAAAGCUUCGAGCUUCAGUACGCUGUGUCGCAAAAGGUGGACACUUCUUGGAAGUGGGAAAAUUUGACAUGGUUAAAAAUAAUCCAUUAGAAUUGGGACAUUUCUUGAACGAUAUCACAUUCUCCAGCGUGCAAUUAGAUGUUCUACAAUUAAACCUCAAAGAUCCAAUAGUAUUUGAUAUAUUCGAAAAAAUGCAAAAAAUGCUCCUGCAGGGAAUUAUAAAACCUAUUUACAGAACAAUUUUUAAAAAUGAUGAAGUGGAAUCGGCUUUUAGAUUUAUGGCAUCUGGAAAACAUAUUGGAAAGCUGAUCAUCAAAAUUCGAGAUGAAGAAGAAAAUAUCAAAUCAAUACCAACACCGAUACACAUGAAAGCGAAACCAAGAAUAUCUUGUCAAGAAAAUAAAUCGUACAUAAUUUUAGGAAAGCACUUAUAG